UUUCAGGUUCUAUCCAAAAUUUAUAAUCGAUAAGUUGCUCGCCUCCGCACCAGAGUCACGGCACUCAGCUCAGCACCAUCUCAUACCGUGCUCUUCCACUUUUUGUCCUCGCUAUCCCAUAUCUAGCGACAAGGACAAAAUCAACGCAGAGAGGAACUAGUCAUGCCGAAGAAUAAAGGAAAGGGUGGAAAGAACCGCAGACGUGGAAAGAAUGAAAACGAUGACGACAAGCGUGAAUUAGUCUUCCGUGAAGAUGGACAAGAAUACGCUCAAGUAACGAAGAUGCUUGGUAAUGGUCGUCUCGAGGCAAUGUGCUUUGAUGGCGAGAAGAGGCUAGCCCACAUUCGUGGUAAGAUGCGAAAGAAGGUGUGGAUCAACCAGGGAGACAUUGUGCUCCUUUCUUUGCGGGACUUCCAGGAUGACAAGGCAGAUGUCAUUGUUAAGUAUACGGCUGAUGAGGCGAGAAAUCUAAAGGCCUACGGCGAGCUGCCAGAGAAUGCAAAAAUCAACGAGACAGACACAUUCCCCGAGGAGGAUGGAGAGUGUACCUUUGAAUUUGGCGACGAAGGGGAGGUCGAUAUCGACGACAUUUAAUCCCGUCCCUGUAUCAACCAUGUAUCCUCCUUGUUUUUAUAUUCUGUAUUGGCCAUCUCAAUGCAUCUCGUACAUUGUACUCCUGCGGACACCGGCGGUGAAUUGAUUAGAUUUUAGCAGUGUACUGGCAACGUGUAUCAAUUUGGACGUAGUCGCUUAAAUGUUCAAUCUCAUGACUUGUAUUGAUUCUCCUGACUGAAG